AUGACUGGAUUGGGUGAGAAUUUGGAUGGGCUAAAAGUCAUGUUCGGACUAUGUGCCAUUGUACAUGGCAUGGCAAUGUUCUACGGCUUUACCAACGGCCCCAACGAGUUAUUCGACCCUUUACGUCAUCUCGACCUGAGACACUGUACAAUCUUUUUCGAAACUCAAUUCGAAAACAAGGCCAAGUGGAAUUAUCAUAAUGAUAAUCUUCAAGAUAUCAUCAACGCCUUCAUGAUGAUUCCAAUGCAGUAUCUAUAUUACAAGGUCGAUCCCAAGAUGGGCAAUGAGAUAUGGUCGUUUAGUCUGGCAAAUGCGGUCGAGCCACAAGCCCCUGAGCCCGAGUUCGAGAUGGACAUGCUACCCAUUGAACUCUGGGUGCCCGGUGGUGAUAAAGUUCAAGAAGUCCUCCCUCCAAAGUUCGACUAUUGA